AGUUGCCUUCGUCUGGUCGAUUGAAUUCAUUCCCGCAGUUUGGGACGGUGUUGUAUACGUUGUGUAGUUCUAUCAUAGCUAUUGAGCCGUCCGGCAAAAAGUCAAACAGUGGAAAAAAUCCGUUCAUCGUCUGCUUGGACAGCCGGAUUUUUCUUAAAUGCCAGUGUAGAGAACAGUGGUUUUUGGCCUCUCGUUUUUGAGAGAUUGUGUAUUAUUUUUAAAUAUUAUUUUGACCUGUGAUCUGCAAUCAGGAUGGGGCAGCACGUUUCCAGAACGGAUUUCGAGUGGACCUACACGGAAGAACCACACGCUAGUCGUAGGAAAAUUAUUCUACAAAAAUAUCCUCAAAUCAAAAAGCUUUUCGGAUACGAUCCCCGGUUCAAGUGGGUUGCAAGUGGCAUGGUGCUGGCACAAUUCAUUAUGCUGUUCGUGAUGAAGGACCAGUCGUGGAAAAUGAUUUUGCUCCUUGCGUACUUUGUCGGUGGUGUCAUAAACCAUUCACUUAUGUUGGCAUGCCACGAAAUCGCUCACAACCUAGCCUUUGGGCACUCAAAGCCAAUGGCGAACCGGCUUUUCGGAUUCUUCUGCAAUCUUCCCAUCGGUUUACCGAUGUCAGUAAGCUUCAAGAAGUACCACUUGGAACAUCAUCGAUACCAGGGAGACGAAGUGAUUGAUACGGAUUUACCAACUCUACUCGAGGCGAAACUAUUUUGCAAUACUCUUGGAAAGUUUUUCUGGGUCGUUUUGCAACCGUUGUUUUACAUUUUCCGACCACUAGUCGUAAAUCCGAAGCCACCACAAAAGUUGGAGAUCAUAAACGGUAUUAUUCAGCUUAUCUUCAACACUAUUGUAGUGUACUUUUUCGGCUGGAAGGUUAUGUUCUACCUUGUGAUUGGGUCCCUGCUGGCAAUGGGACUUCAUCCAGUUGCUGGUCACUUUAUUUCGGAGCAUUACAUGUUUGCAAAAGGUUUCGAGACGUACUCCUACUACGGACCGCUCAAUUGGAUUACCUUCAAUGUCGGAUACCACAACGAACAUCACGACUUCCCGGCCGUACCGGGUCGAUAUCUGCCAGAGGUGAAGCGGAUUGCACCGGAAUUCUACGACACCAUACCGCAGCACACCUCUUGGACUUCGGUUCUGUAUGAUUUCAUCACCGAUCCGGCCAUUGGACCGUACGCUAGAAUCAAGAGGAAGGCGAGGGGACUGGAUUCCUGAACGGCUUAAUGAAAGAAAAUCUACUAUACUUUCUAUGGUACGCAUUAUAAUAAGGUGAGACUAUUUUCUUUCGCACCUUAAAACAAACUACUGAGCAGAACAACCGCUUGUAUUUAUAUGGAUAUUGAAUAUUUACAAAUACGCAAAGUGUAAAUUUAAGAUACGUUCGUUAUACAUUAACGAAAGCCAUUGUUGUUUUUGCGAAAUGUUUGCAUAUUUUUAAUACCUUUCUCCACAAAUGAAAUAACGUUUAUGGGCGAAAUCAUACAAAUGGUUUCGCCGAAUUAGUCGGUGAUCGAACACCAGGAUAUUAUUUCAUAUAUUUAUUACUUGAAACUAGAAAAUAAUUUUUCAAAUAAUCGUUUGAAUCAGUUGCAGCACCGGUCCGCUAUAGUGUGCUUUGAAGCGUGUUUCAAUUUCCUGUCCGUUACCAAAACCUGAUACAAAAUAAAAAUAACGAAGCACGCCCGGAUUUAUAGAUAGAAGAACUAAUGAAUUGAAACUGAUAGGUAGAAUUCGAUUUCUACGAAAGAUCUAGAUGUCACUUAAUGUUGAGUCCUACAGAGAGUAAACUUAUCGUUAACUAAACUAGAACUGAUAAACUGAUGAUCACUGAACGUCAAGAGUGUGAGGAAGAAACCUAACAAACCAGUUGCUUAAUAGAUAUGUACUAUAUUUCUAACCAAACGUGCAGAUGUAUUGAAGUAUAUGUGUGGACUAAAAUCUACUGAAUCGAGACCGAGACCAAUGUAAAA